AUCCAAUAUGGCGUCUUUCGCUGAGCAACUUCGUGCUCUCGCAAAUCCCGAACCAAGCCGUUUUGAUCUGGAUGAUGAUGAAUUUGAUCUCACCAGAGCGCAGAUAACUAAUAAAGAUACGGAUUUUGGUAAUUCAGAACAGAAAAAUGUCUCUAGAGGUAAUAAUUUGCGCAAGAAAGCGGUGACGCUUUUGCAAGACGAGGACAAGAAAUACGCCGGCCGAAAGAUUACACGUGCUCAACUCGAAGUGUCAAGAGACCAGGUGGGUCGAUCAGAUACCGAAGACGAAAGUGCAGGAGAGAAUGACUUUCAAGGUACUGAAUAACUGGCCUUAUAUUGAUCUAAUAUUUCUGAUUUUAUAGUCCAUCUAAUACAGUUGUCGGAAGCACACGUGGUACAGAUUGGAAGCUUAUUUCCCGAAUUACGAAUGCCAAAAGCUGACAUUAACGUGAAACAUGAUAUGUACCCCAAACUCGCUGUUUUUUCUGGGCCAGGUCAAAAGCUAAAAAACUGAGGGAGUGUCAGUGAAAUCACUGCAUGAACAUUUGCAAUGGUUGCAAAAUGAUAAAGGUUUACGGUCGUUUCGCCUACGAGUCGUUUUGACAAUGUCCUGUUCCCUAACUUCUGAAGUCAUUUCGAGUACGUGUUGGGUCAGUUCCCUAACAACUUGUGCUUGAUCAUUGGCUGAAAGAACGAGGUACAUACAUGUGUAUCGCACUUUUUUGUAUCAUGGCUGAGAGAAUGAAGCAUAUUAUACAUGCUCAGCACUCGUCUCGCUUCUUAGCAGAACACCAUAAGACAUUAGUGAACGGGAAGUUAGUGAAACGACUCAUUGGUGAAACAAAAAGCCCUUGCAAAAUGGUCAGAUGAGUCCUAUUCAUGAGUUCCAGGCUUCUGAUAAAGUGUUGAUCACUAUUAGUUUUAGGUCUAAAGGUUGAUGAUAACAUGCUGGAAGGGAAUUAUACAAUAAUCUUUCUUGCUGAAAAUGUAAGAAUGUCAGUGUUCAUUUUUCUGAGUUAGAACUAACAUGGUAUUAUUUUUUCCAAUUCCAAUGUUUCGUACUCAAAGGUGACUUUCUGAAUGGAAUAGGAGAAUCAGAGGAUGAUGAUGAUGAUGAUGAUGAUGAUGAUGAUGAUGAUGCAGUUGAAAAUGAUGGAAGUGAGGAUGAUGAUGGUAUUCAAGUGGUGGAUUCAAGAAAAAGAAAUAAACGUCCUGUAACUGAUUUUGAGCAGGAGGAUAGUGGACACUCUGAUGAUGAAAAGGAUGGGAACUUUUUGGGUGAUGAGUUGGAGCACAAUGACAAUGAUGAUAGUGAGGAUGAUGACAACUAUGAUGGCGAUAAUUAUGAUGACAAUGAGGAGGAGGAGGAGGAGGGGGAAGAAGAACUAGAAGAUGAUGCAGGUAGUGAUGCUAUUCAAAAGUUUUCUGCAACAAGCUUGUCAGAGGAUAUUGAAAAAGGAAAAGCUGCCAGAAACCAGCUAAGUAAGUGAUGUUUCACUUCAACCUUUAUUUAAAAAAAAAUUCUUCUCUAGGGGUGCCAUCACACAAGACAUCUAGUUAAAUACAAAUGUAAGUAAAAUUAAAAAUGAUAAUUAUAACAAAAUCUCCUACAAAAGACAAAAUGAAUGAAAAUAUUCAUGGAGUUAAUUAUUGUACAAUAUUUAUUUUCAUCACAAGGUCAUUCCCACGGCUUUUUCCCUUGACUGAAUUGCUCAAAUAAGACUUUUUUCAAUCGAUCAGAGGACUUAAUGUUAACAAUUUCUCUUGGUAGCGCAUUCCAGUCCUUGACAGCUUUACAAAAAUAACUAUUAAAGGAGGGGUAGUACAGUAGAUAUAAUGUAUGUUUUAUGUGUGUAAGAAGGAUGUGAAAGGACAAUGAGUUUGUUUAUUCAUUAUUAUAUUUUCUCCAAAUAAGCCUAAAACAUUUUUUACUGUGGAAAGAUGUACAAAACAAUGUUUGAAACAAGUCAUGUACUACAUAUCAUUCAAAUAACUUAUUCAAGUUGAGUUACAGCUACAUGUACAGCUGUAGUCUGAACCUUGGAAUUGCAUUAUUUAAUGACCCAGUUUUUUAUAAUAAGGUUGUAAAUCACAGCCUGUUCAUGUACAUGAAAAUAGAGGUGGCUGGUUGUAGUAGUACAUGUAUAUCACUGGAAAAAAUAAAAGAUUCCCAUUUUUGGAUAUUUUAGGGUAUUUAAAGAAUACCCACAAAAAUCCCAAAUUUGGAAGAGUGAGAUAAGUCCCAAUUAGGGAACUUGGUUGGGAAUUCCCUGGUUGGGACUUGUCUCACUUUGCCAAAUUUCGGAUUUUUAUGGGUAUUCUUUAAAUACCCUAAAAUAUCCAAAAAUGGGAAUCCGUUAUUUUUUCCUGUGUAUAAGGUUAUUUUAUGUAUCAGGAUUUUCUUUUGCAGGUUUGUGGGACAGCUUUCUUGAAUUGCGUAUUAGAUUGCAGAAAGCCCUCCUAGUUGCCAACAAGUUACCUCAACAGAAACAGAUAGAAGAAUUCAAGUCCUCUGGAGAUAAGAACUUGAAAGACGAAUACAAACAAGGUACAGUAAGUUGACACUUGAUGCUUGAUAAACCCCUUUACAGACGUCUUUAGGGUGAAGGGCAAGCUGGAAGGGUGUAAUGUAAUAUAAUAUAAUAUAAUAUAAUAUGAUGUGAUGUGAUGUGAUCGCAUCGCAUCGCAUGUGAGUAUGACCGAACUGGAACAGACUCAGCCCAAGUUUUGAGUAAUUUUGUUUGGUGUCUCGAGGAAAAAAUUUUUCUAAGUCACUAAAGAGUCAAGACUCAGUUGUUGAUCAGUGAUUUUCAAUUCAUGUGAGAAUGAUUCACCAAACUGGACCAGCCUUAGUUGAAGUGUUGAGUUAUUUUCUUUUGUAUGUCAAGGAGACAAUUCUUUUUGAGAAACUCAUGGUGAAAAUUAUAAAAAAAAUGUGUACAUCAUGUUCUAAUUUUUAGCGUAGUGUGAAAUGGUUCUUUUUCCCUUUCCAGAGUCUUAUGAUUUUUUUUGUGUGUGACAAUUUGCAGGAAAGAGAGCCUUGGCAAAACUUCUAGGAAACUUGCUCUUAGUUCAAGAGAAACUGCUAGAACAGAAUCCAGACACUGCAAGUGUUUUGGUACCAGGAACUGAAGCGAAGCAAAGUUCCGCUCAUGGUAGCAAUGAUGAUGAUGAGGAAAUUCCCAGUGAUACUGAAGAUGAAAAAAGUGAUGAUGAUGAUGAUGAUGUUGGUGAAAAUAGCGAGGAUAAGAACAUGGAUGAGGGGGCAGAGAAUAGUCUGAAGUUACCUGCCAAGAGAAAACAUGAGAUGGUAAGUUUUAGCCUUUGUGCCGACAUCUCUGGUUUCCUUUGUUCCAUGUCCCUUUUCCUUGUGAAGCAAAGGAAAAAGGCUAGAUGAGGUUUUACGUGGGACUUACAACGUACAGAAAGACUUCUUUAAUGCAGACAGCAAAGGGACCAUGGUGGAUUUUUGAAUUACAGAAUUGUCCAUCUGUAAUAGAGAGAUGUCUGUAUUGUGGACUUGUCCUGAAGAAGCAGUGUGAUUGUGGUAUAAACAACAGUACUGCCUGAAAGGUUGUUGUACCCUACUUGUGUUUAUGGUUAAACUUUAGCUUAUAAGUGCCCCUGUCGAAUUCAGACAGUGGAGUUGGUCUAUUAUACAACUCCUACCUCUAUAAUAAUUUGGUAGCUUACCUUGCAAACAUUCUUUUGGCCUCCUCAUGUAAAAUUAUGAUGUAAGGAUACUGUUAACAGUGGUCUUGUCAACCAGCACUGAAAAAUUAUUUCUUCAGGUGAUAAUCACAACAUUUACAUAUAGUCAAAUGUAAUUAAGAAAAUAUUUUGGCAGCCCCAGUGAAAGAAAUUAAAAUUUUCCUCUAUCUUCAUAGGCUACAUCAGAGUACGCAGAAUAUAUUUCAAAACGACAUGCUGCCUUCAAAAGUUACAGAGAUACAACAAUAUCAAAGUGGAGUGAAAAAACACGUUUAGCUUCAGGGAAGCUAAACAGUAAGGUAUUUGUAAAUAAUGUCUGCUUGUGUCAGAUCAGGCAUAAAUGGGGUGUGCUUGUUAGUUAUUAUAUUUAUUAUAGAUAACUUGUUGCUUGCUACUGUAAAUGAUAUUCACAGGGUUCUGAAGCAUGCAGAGAAAGUCGUGUCUGAUAGCCCGGGACUAGUGGAUGUUGCAAUCGGGCUAGUGAUUUUUGUUCUUAACUUGCCUGACGGGCAAGUGCUGUUUUUUUUGGGGGGAAAUUCAAAUUGCAGAAGGAUUGUAAUCAAUCCUGCUAAUUAAAAAGGGUUUUGGGGCUAGUUGAAAUGACUUGUGAGCUAGUACUGUAUGCUAGCUACAGCUUGCUUGAAUGGCAGGCUGUAAAACUGACUUUCUUUGCACCCUGUUCUCUUGAGAAUAACUCAGAAUAUCAAGGACCGUUUUCCGGCAGCCUUAUUACCAAGAAUUCAGGAUAAAAACUUCGUGUCAUUUUCUCAAGUCAGCCCGACUGAUUUUUCGUUCCCAGUUUAAACUAUGUUAAUGGUUAACCGGAAUGAUGUGUCCUACUGACACUAGCUUUCUGCUUUUUUGUAGUCUUUCAGCUCCUUUGACAGAUCAGCUUUAGCACAGAUAAAUCAUGUAAGUAUAGCCGUCUAUGGUACCCGUAUGCCAUCAAUUCUUUAAAGAACGCACCCCAGUUUUUCUCGGGUGUCAAUAAUCUUACACGUGAGGCCAAGUCGUCAGACAGAAAGAAAAGAAAUUUUACAAUAACUGAGCGAAUCCUCGUGCGCUGAUUGGUCGAGAGCUAUGGUCUAUGAGAGUAUAGACCAUGGGAAUGAUGUAACAUGUCACGCAGUGCCGGUUGUUUUGUUUUUGGUUUUUCGUAAAAAAGAUAAAAGUUAUUGUAAAAAACAAAUCGACCACAAUUUUCAUGGUCUACGCUCUUAUGGACCAUAGAAAUGACGCCAUAAAAUGUUCAAAACUUUGCAGUGAAACCACUCGCCUGCGGCUCGUAGUUCCACUUGAGUUUGUUAAAUGUAUCGUAUUUUUUAACUGUCUUUAAAUGAGCAUAAGCUUCCUCAUAUGUUAGAGGCUUUUCUCUCUUGGGCUACUUGCCUAUAUUUCCUGAAUCCUUUCAUGAUUUCAGAUUUUGUCCGACAAAGAUCGUCUUAUCAAGCGUACUCAACUGAAACGCUCCGCGUAUAGAGUGCUGGGAAAGUCAGAAGAGGAGCAAAGACAAAACAUGGAGUCUAGCGAGGUUUGUUCUAAGAAUCUUUCGACAGCUGUAGGCUUUGAGCUACAAAAUGGACGAGAGUAUAUUUGUACCGUAUUUUCUCGAUUAAACGCCCCGGGCGUUUAAUUAAAAUCUGCAGUUUUGACCAGGCGUUUUCUUGAGUUCGGCGUUUAAUCUUGGUGGGGCGUUUAUUAAUGAAAUACAAUUUUCUUUAUUCAUUUUUUUUUUUCAGUUUGAUUUAUUAUUACCGAUCCUCGGAGACCCAGGGGCAGUUUGUCAGGGCGGAAUCGCCAUUUUUCCUUUUGUCCUGUCCCUGGAUCUCCGAGGAUGAUUACCUUACAUACAUUAACAUCACCCAAAGUUACAGUAUUAGAGAGUUUUAAGCUUCACUUAUACGGCAAACGGCAAACGUCCAAUUCAAGUUGAGUCCGUGAUAAACGCAUUUGGGAUAACUUGAUUGUGCUGGUGAAUAAGCUCACCAUCAGGGGAAUUUCUCUAAUUGUUCCAUCAAUUUAUUUACAGGAGCAGUCAGAUGUUCAUUUAAGAGACUAUGACCCCGAGAUAUUUGACGAUGAUGACUUUUAUCAUCAGGUAAUGACCUCUGAUGGUGUCUUUUCGUUAAGAAAAGGCAAUGCCAAUUUACGUUGUGCAAAAACCCAGGAUUAUGUCCACAGACCUAAAAAGAUUGCAUAACUAUAGCAAAAUUCUCAAAUCUGAUUGGAUAUCAACUAUCCUGAUUUCAGUACUGAGAGGUCUGUGUAAUAGGACAGCACGCGUCAAACUUUAACCCAGCUUAAAACGGUACGGCACUUGAUCUUAUUAGGGAGCUUUAGCAGCGACGACGGCGAUGGCAGCGAAAACCUUUUUUUUUUUGCAAGCUUUGUCGCGUUUAUUCCAAUGCGCCGAAAAUGUCAAAUGUAGGCGAAUUCCUCUGGAGCUGAUUUCGUGCGGACCGCACUCAAGUUUAUAAAGAGAAAGAAAAGUUCGUCAUCGCUUUUUUAAUACGUUCUCCAAGAAACGUGAAAUUAGGCAUUUUCACGUCGUAGUCGUGCAGUGACAGCGAAAAAAUGUACAAAAAGCGUGAUGCACGUGCAAAUUUGUUGUUUUUCGUGAUAAACAUGUUUCUUUUUUGACGUGCUCAUUGCCCUCGCCGUCGUCGUUGCUAAAGCUCCCUGUUGUGUUGGAAAGUACCCACAUGCCAUCAAUUCUUUAAAUUAAAUCUAAGUAGCCAGGCUAAUUAGAGCUGUUAAUUGUUUUUGUCUUUGAUAGCUAUUGCGGGAAUUCAUAGAGCAGCGAACAAGUGGAAGCACAGGAAAUCCAAUUGAAAUGGGAAGGUAAUAUCACAGGCCUACCAAACUGUAUUCAAGUAGCUACAUAUCAAAAGCUUUUGCGUUUGUUAUUAAACAGUUUGUAACCGUGAGCCAUGUUUGUAAUUUACACCUUACAUGUAGUUGUAGUUGCAUAAAAUAAAGUGCAUGUAGUAUUUCUCUUGCUGGUCUCCAACAGAUUACUGCGCCAUUCGAACUAAAAGCUUUUUUGUUUCUUCUGUAAAAUGACACUUUCAGGCAGUGGCUUGAACUUCAAAAGCUUCGGCGAAAAGUGAAAAAGAAAGUUGACACCAAAGCGAGCAAAGGCCGAAAAAUAAGGUAAGCUUUCUUUGUUAGCCUACACAGUAUCUCUACUGUAGAUGGUUCGUUUUUUCUCCUUCUCACAAAAGACUAGGUUAUUUCCAUCCACUUCAACUCCGUAUAAAUCUCACUCUCUUCUCAAUGUGUUUCUUAUUAUGCUAUCUCGGGGUUUUUUUUAAAAAACUGGAGACAUGAUCUUGAUACAGUGUAUUCCCAUUUCCUUUGUCUAUCACAGGGUUUAUUUUAUGUUUGAUAAACCAGUAAUAUUACUCGGGAAAAUACAGUGGAAACCUUGCUAAAGUACACCACAAUAGUACGGACACCUCUCUGGACAGUUUGUUUUCUUGAUCCCCAAGCUACCAAACUUCUUGCAAUCCCUACCUUUAAGAUACGGACAUCACUUCAUUGAUGGCUGUAUUCACAUUAGAGACAGAUUAUCCGUCUAAGACGGGUUAUCCGUUGGAUAAUUUGUGUCAGACAAUGAAAAUGGAACGGUCUUAAUUGGAUGGGCAAUCGACUUUAUCCAUCGGUUUUUCCGUAAAGUUUGACGGAUUUUGAAGAUGGAUUCUCCGUCUCAGACGGAGAAUCCGUCUCUAGUGUGAAAACGGCCAUUGAUAGUCCCCUUUUUUACCAUGACCAUGUACAGCCCCAACCUCUACAAUGGAGACACCUCUGUAACGUUGACACUUGGGUAUGUCUCCCCCACCAUAAAAUGAACACCAAUCUAUCAUGGAGAUUUUUUGUAGGUCGCAAAGAUACCAAACCUCAUACAAUCCCUACCUCUAUAAGACGGCCAUGUCUCGAUUACGGUCAGUUUUCAUGAACUCUAGGACACCAAACUUCAUGCAAUUCCUACUUCUUUAUGCAGACAAUUCUUCAGUGUGGACACUUGGGUGCGUAUUCCCCUCCAUAAUACGAACAUCUCUCUAUUACGGACAUUCUGGUAUCCUUUUUUCUCGGAGCUUUUAUGCUUCAUUGACUAAUAAUUUUACCCUGGAAAAUAUUUUUUUGAUUCUCAUUGACGCCUCUCGAGAAAAGUUUCUCUCUCCUCUAGCUGUAUUCCCAGUUUUCAGAUAACAAACUUGCCCUCUUUGUUUACAGAUACGAUAUUCAUGGAAAACUUGUCAGCUUUAUGGCGCCAAUAGAGAGAGGGGCCAUGGCAGACUCAUCAAGGUAUGUACUCGUUAACUAUGUCCUCGUUUCUAAUUUCUAAUCAAGAAGACUACUUUUUAAAGAUGCGUGCAACGAAGCAGCUGUUAGUGUAGACUUGUCAGAAGUCGACUGCGUGAGUGCCGGGCUUUGAGAAAGUUUACUGUUAGUGGUGUAGAACCACUAAUGGAAAAAUCGUUAUUAAGGUCCCUUUUCUAGCCUAACGUUCUUGAAGUUGUGUGUAUACGUUUCUUGCUAAAUAAUCAAAGAAACAGACAAAUUGAUUAAUUAAUUAAUUAGCGCAUGUGCUGACUAAAGAAAAAACGAAAAUGCCACUAAAAUUUCGAGAUGAAUAAUUGCGAUCUCUUUGGAACAAGGCGUCGUUGUUUACUGCUCAUCCCUUUUGAUUAAUGUGCUUGUUUCUGUUCUUUUGGCAGAAACGAACUAUUUUCUUCCCUUUUUGGGACAAAACAACAGGAACAAGUCGCAGACAUCAAUAUUUUCAGAUAGCAGCCAUUGCGGGGUGUCAUAUUCUCAUACAGCCGUUGUAUCGCCGGCGUCUCUUUACCCCUUACAUUGGUGUUCACGCGCGAUCUCGGCCACAUCGAACUGAGUUAUUACAUCUAAGAGGCAGCGGG